CUCUCCCUAAAACACUUCCUCUAUAAAUUCCCUCUCCACUCACUCUCAAAAAAAUCCAUCCUAAAAUCAGUUCUUCUCCAUUUUCAAUCCAUGGCGGCACCACAUUCUUCUUCAUUCCUCACUAUCUCCGUCCUCUUAUUCAUCUGCUUCCUAUCAUCAUCAUCCUCUGUUGAUGCUCUCGGAGGGAAAACUGAAAUCAAAGAUGUGAAAACAAACAAAGAAGUUCAAGAUUUGGGGAAAUUUUCAGUUGAUGAGUAUAAUCUCAAGAAAGGAGAAGAAGGAAGUUUGACAUUUACAAAAGUUGUUAAAGCUCAGAAGCAAGUUGUUGCAGGGAUUCAGUACUUUUUGAAGGUUUCUGCAAUGGAAAACGGAUCACCUAAAUUUUUUGAUGCUGUUGUUCUUGUAAAAGCUUGGGAGACACCUGCGAAUCGUCUUAUUAGUUUUAAUCCUUCUUCAACAGAGAAAUAGGGAGUAUUAACUAUGGUUUGGAUUUCAUGUAACUGGGUGUGUUAAAUGCUUGAUACUAUAAUUAUUAUGAAUCCUUAAUAAAGUUGGUGAGAUUUGAUUUUCUUUUUUAUUA